UAAUUUAGUUCCCUUCGUGCCUUUCGCUGAGCCGCCGUUCCAUUGAACUAAUCGGUCCGGAACAACACAACUCUUGAAAUGACCUCAAAUACCUUCAACCAAUCCAAGUUUAUACCCACUGCCCCGGAAAAAGGUAGCUUCCCUCUUGAUCACGAAGGUCUUUGCAAGAAAUACUAUUUACUGUAUAUGCGGUGUUUACAUCAAAGUGACGACCAAAGUGCCCAGUGUCGCAACGAGGCACGAGAAUAUUUAAACUGUCGCAUGAAGAAUGAACUUAUGGAAAAGGCUGAAUGGUCAAAGCUAGGAUUUGAGGAUAAAUCGGAAAGGCAAAAGGAAGCAACAACAACAACGUCAACGCCAAAUCGGACAAAAUGAAAACAACAAAAAAUCUACUUUUAGCCUGUACAGCAAGUGUGGCCACCAUCAAGUUACCACUGCUAAUUGAAAAACUACAAAAUUUAGAUACGGAAUUUAGCUUUAAU